AUGGCUCAAGAGGCUCCGACUAACGUCUCAAAGCCCAUUCCAGUGGGUACAGCAAGUUUUGAAGAGAAACGAGCAGCUUUACUUAAAGCCUUCGAUAGAAAAGUCCCGCCUGAAUAUCACCUCCGUGCGGAGUUUCUUGAGGACCCCCCCUCCGAUGUCUCUACUAUACCGGCCAAUUGUGGUAUCUUGAACGAGGAGGAGAUCAAGAUAACUGAAGAGUAUGAUGCGGUGGGCCUAGCAAAAGAAAUCGCUGAAGGCAAAUAUAAAGCGGUUGAAGUAGUAACUGCUUUUUCAAAAAGGGCAAUUAUUGCUCACCAGCUCACAGGUUGUUUGACACAGUGGUUUAUGGUUGAGGCACUGGAGCAGGCGAAGCAGCUAGACAUAUAUUUAGAAAAGAAUAAGAGACCUAUGGGUCGUCUACACGGUGUACCAGUCAGUAUCAAGGACCACAUCCCGGUUGCUGGGACAUCCUCUUCGUUAGGAUACCUCAGUACCAUCGUCGAAGACGAAAGUGACUGCCAGAUGGUCCAGAUCCUUCGUGGCGCGGGUGCUGUCUUUUACUGCAAGACAAACCAACCUCAGAGUCUCAUGCAUCUCGAAAGCGACUCUCUCUGGGGCCGGGUCUUGAACCCAUUCAAUAUCAACCUUUCCGCUGGUGGCUCGACAGGUGGAGAAGCAGCGCUGAUAGCUCUGAUGGGCUCGCCCCUGGGAGUUGGCACCGACAUUGGAGGAAGUAUCCGUUGCCCAGCUGCGUUUUGCGGCAUCUACGGGUAUAAACCGACAUCGCACAUAUUACCGAUGAGAGGGUUCCUACCUACCCCAGUAGCAGCGGAGCUCAACAUUCCCGCCUCUACUGGGCCAAUGUGUCGCAGUAUAAGAGACAUCGACCUAUUCAUGACCACUAUAUUGGAAGCGAAGCCGUACCUCCUAGACCCCAAUCUAGUUCCUAUUUCUUGGACGGGAUCACGGACUCCACCAAAUAGCCACCGCCUGAAAAUCGGCGUCAUCAGUAACGAUGGUUUCAUCCAGCCUCAGCCCCCUGUUGCGAAAGCGAUUUCUUGGGCGAGAAAACUUCUGUCUGAUCCGGUGCACGCAAGCCAGGUUGAAGUGAAGGAAUUCAAACCGUUCGGCGCGGCCGACGCCUGGUCGAAGAUUCGUCGGAUGUACUGGCCUGAUGGAGGGGAUUUAAGCAAAAAAGCCAUCGUCUCAACAGGGGAGCCACUCCAUUCCUUGACUGAAUGGAUAUGGGAAGAGCAACAGGAGUCGGGUAUGCAAACCGCGCAGGCUGUAAACCUCUUGCGAAAAGAGAGGGAUGAUUUCCGACACAAAUUUGCGAAGAGUUGGGAAGAGCAGGAUGUUGAUGUAGUGAUCGGGCCGGCAUUUGUGGGGCCGGCAUCUGCCCAUGACACGGCUUUCUACUGGACAUAUACGUCUUUAUACAAUAUGGUUGACUACCCGGGCGUGGUGAUACCAACUCCCAUUCGUGCAAUUUCCGGGGAGCAAUAUGACCAGGGGUACACUCCGCUGAGUGAUGCUUGUCAGGAUGUGAAAAAGUUGUGGGGCAAGUCUGAUUUUAAGGGAGCACCCAUCAAUUUACAACUGGUAGCACGGAGGUAUCACGAUAACGAGUUGCUUUCUGCUCUGUCGUUGCUGAAGAAUAUCCUAGGUUUAGCUUAUUAA